AUGGGAACCCUUGAGGGCCACCUGCUGCCAGGAAUAGGCUUUCUUAUCUACUCGGUCUACUACUCGGUGCUAAUAUCCUUGGCCCUGCUACGGGGAGAGAAGGCCCUCCAGCACCCGCUGCUCCCGAGGAAGCUGCGGGGACACAGGCUGUUUCAGCAGGUAUCGUAUGAAGCCGUGACGAAGGUGGUUGUCCCCACCUUGGGCAUUCUUGGUGAAUACUUCUACCCCCUUGGGGUCAAUCGCCUGCAGAUGAUAGAUUGGACGGACCCCCGGCGGCCAUUUAUUUUCAAGGACAACUGGCAGCAUGUAACCAUGUUUGGGUUCUUUAUUCUCAGUGGCGUAGCAGACAUGGUGAGCCAGUCACACCUCCCCCGUUGGGGUGUGAAGCUGGAACGCGCGGCCGAAGCGCUGGCCUUCUAUGUGCUGGUAUUGCUGAUGGCAACCCACAUCGAGAACAAAAACUCCUUGGAGAUCCGAGUGCAUCUUCUGUUAAUGCUACCCUCCUUCUUGCUUGCUGUGGUGCUCACUGUGGAGGUAUGGAUCCCCAACAAUCCCUCGAUCUGGCUCCUCAAGAGUUGGCUGGGGAUGGUGUUAAGCAACUGGAUGAUGCAGCUUUGUGAGAUGUACGUACCUCCCACUGGACAGCCCUGGCGGGCAGACAACCCUACAGACCUUGCCUUCCUAACCAUCUUCUUCUGCUGGCAUCUGGCCUUGGCGGCUGGCAUGGUGAUCGCCAUCUAUGGCCUCUGCAGUCUCUGGCACUGCUACUAUUCUUCCUGGACAAAGACUCCUGGUGCUAAGUACCAGCGGUGCCCUAUGGCAUCCAGCGAAGAACUAGAAAAGCUCAAGGCAGAGGCCCUGGCACAGGAUGGAGGUGUGUAG